AACGCUGGAGGACCAGGUUAGCCAGGGUAACUGGACGCUGCUAGCUGGCGGCCCCACGUGGCAGGCCCAGGGGAGCGGGGCGGGGCAGCAGUCGGGGGCGGGCCCAGCGGUGACGCGCAGGGUAUAUGGCCGGGCAUGCGCACGCGGCGGGGGCCGGACGUAGAGAGGGGGCGCGUGGCUGUCGGCAGGGACGCACCCACUCAGUAGCUGUGUCGCCGGCUGCCUGGGGGCCUGGAUAGUGAGGCUGCGUGGGCCCGACUGCUGGCUGGAGGACUUCAGUGUGUCUCCCAGCUGCUUAAUAUCCUGCUCGGAGUCUCUGUUGGCUCAGUUUAACCUGGUAAACCUUGAGCUGGACAUUAGCCUUGGCUUCACUGUCCUGGUAUCCGUGGUCACCAUGAAGCGGCUGCACCCAGCCCUCCCUAGCUGCCUCCUGUUGGUGCUGUUUGGUAUAUGGAGAGCUGCCCCCCAGACUCAUGCCUCCUCUGCUGGCCUGCCACCCCUCAGUGCCACCUCCUUCCUGGAAGAUCUCAUGGGCCGCUAUGGAAAGAAUGACAGCCUUACCCUGACACAGCUCAAGUCCCUGCUCGACCACCUGCACGUGGGAGUGGGCCGGGAUAACGUUUCUCAAGCCAAGGAAGGACACAGGAACCUCUCCACGUGCUUUAGCUCUGGAGACCUCUUUGCUGCCCACAACUUGAGCGAGAAAUCUCCGAUCGGGAUGAGUGAGUUCCAGGAGUUCUGCCCCACCAUUCUCCAGCAGCUGGAUUCCCAGGCCUGCACCUCAGACCACCAGGAGAAUGAGGAAAAUGAACAGACAGAGGAGGGGAAGCCAAGCGCCAUUGAAGUGUGGGGCUUUGGGUUCCUCAGUGUCUCGCUGAUUAACCUGGCCUCUCUCCUGGGAGUCCUGGUCCUGCCGUGCACGGAGAAAGCGUUUUUCAGCCGUGUGCUCACUUACUUCAUCGCCCUGUCCAUUGGAACGCUGCUCUCUAACGCCCUUUUCCAGCUCAUCCCAGAGGCUUUCGGUUUCAACCCUCAGGACAAUUAUGUCUCCAAGUCUGCAGUGGUGUUUGGGGGUUUCUACCUCUUCUUUUUCACAGAAAAGAUCCUGAAGAUGCUCCUGAAGCAGAAAAACGAGCACCAUCACGGACAUAACCAUUUUACCUCCGAGACACUUCCUUCCAAGAAGGACCAGGAGGAGGGUGUGACAGAGAAGCUACAGAAUGGGGACCUGGAUCACAUGAUUCCUCAGCACUGCAACAGUGACCUGGAUGGCAAGGCCCCUGGCACGGACGAGAAGGUCAUCGUGAGCUCCAUGUCUGUGCAGGACCUGCAGGCAUCCCAGAGUGCUUGCUACUGGCUCAAAGGGGUCCGAUACUCUGAUAUUGGUACCUUGGCCUGGAUGAUCACCCUGAGCGAUGGGCUCCACAAUUUCAUCGAUGGCCUGGCUAUUGGUGCCUCCUUCACCGUGUCUGUCUUCCAAGGCAUCAGCACAUCAGUGGCCAUUCUCUGUGAGGAAUUCCCGCACGAGCUGGGAGACUUCGUUAUCCUGCUCAAUGCUGGCAUGAGCAUCCAGCAGGCUCUCUUCUUCAACUUCCUCUCUGCCUGCUGCUGCUAUGUGGGCCUAGCCUUUGGCAUCCUGGCUGGCAGCCACUUCUCUGCAAACUGGAUUUUUGCUCUGGCUGGAGGAAUGUUCUUGUAUAUUGCUCUAGCCGAUAUGUUCCCUGAGAUGAAUGAAGUCUGCCAGGAGGAUGAGAAGAAGGAUAGCUUUUUGGUUCCCUUUGUCAUCCAGAAUCUUGGCCUCCUAACCGGCUUCUCCAUUAUGCUGGUCCUCACAAUGUAUUCAGGGCAGAUUCAGAUUGGGUAGAACUCUGCCAGUGGGGAGCCAGUGGCAUUGGACAUCAGGUUCUGGGGCCCCAUCUGGUCCCUGGCCUGAGGACUCAGCAUCCACGAAGCAUCGUGGAAGAGGCAGCUCUUUAAAAACUGACACAGACUGCCCGCCAGCUAUUUCAGAUGUCAGCUAUUUCAAAUACUUUGUCCUAGGGAGAAGCUGCCCUGGGAAUCUCUAGGUAGUGCCUCGAACUGUUGUCUCCUGACCCUUCCCACUGAUGAUUCUGGAACUGAAACGCCACAUGUAGGACAUACUUCCCUUUUCCUUCGGGUCACCCACCUCCCUUUCUCUUGGAAGAAGCACUGAGAGAUGUGGAAUCUUUUACAAUGUAAAAAUGAAGCCAGUGGUCAUGGUUUGGUUAGAAAUAUGAGCAUGGCUUCCAGCUUUGGGGCCCAUGAUUCUAAAUGUAUGUACCCAGGAUUUCAGGUCGGUCCAUCUUGGCAUGGGUUCUCUCAUGUUUUUACAGAGAAGAGGGCAGAAGACAAGAAUCCUGUUUUUUUCAGUCUGUUAACUAUUCUCUGAAAAGGCUUACUUUCCAAUGAGUAGGGCAACCAGAGAGGCAGGGGAUCAUCUGAGUGAGAAGAUGUAGAACUAGUGAUGGAUGUCCUGUCUCCUUGGUGCUUGGUUUCCAUUAGGAUGCUGUGCACUGGUUGCUUGCAGCAUCUGGAAUCACAUAAUCGGCCAGGUGAGCCACUGUGGCCAUUCUUUGAGUAGCAACAGGUCUGCUAAAUCAGUUGGUUUUGCCCUGAUUCUCUCUCACACCUUCCUACUAGCUUCCUUUUUCUAGUUAACUCUGUAGAUGCCUCACUAGGAACACAGUCAGAGCACAUUUAGAGGUGUUUGCAUUAGGAGGGAAAUUGCACAAAUUAGUCUCCCCUGGAGAGAGUCAAGACCUCUCUGCCCAGUAGAACCCAACUCAUGAAAUUGAGACACAGUUGUUUAUGCCUUUUUGUGACCAAGGUAAUCGGGAAUGGAAUCAUUGUGGGCCAUAUUUAGGACUUGCUAAUUGUAGAAAUAAUAGUUGAAUACCACAGGACUCUGCACCUUGAGGUCAAAUCUUGAGGUCAGGACUGCAGACGUCAUUGCUGCCAGCAGGUUUUAAAGGGCACUGUCUAGCUACCACUUCCUCCCUGGCCCCAGACAACAAGAUUGAAUACUGAAUUGGAUUGAGUGUAAAUUGCUUUCAUUUGGUCCAGGAAAAAAACAAAACAAAACAGAUGCUUGACAUUUCACACCACAAAGCCAGCCUCAGGCGCCGUGCAGCCCCCUCCUCAGAACUCUGGCUUCCAGGGGAGCCUAUCUCCAGGUUCACUAAGUGAAUUAACUUAUUAUUAUCAUAUUGAUACAUGGAUUCCUUAGCCACUUUGGGGAGCCAGUCUCUCCCGGAGCUUUUCUUAGUGGUGCCCACAGUCACAGCCCAGGGGCCGUUAUUUGUAUGACUUACAGUACUGAAUCAUUGCCAAUACCUGAGUCUUUCUGUUCUUACCACAGUCCAUUAAAAGCAGCACACAUAUAUAUAUAUAUAUAUAUAUAUAUAUAUAUAUAUAUAUGCAUUCACAUGUAUUCGUAUAUAUACAUAUAUGUAUAUAUAUAUGCAUGCAUGCAUGUGUGUGUGUUCAUUCUUGUUCUUCUUGGGGAAACAUGCUUGAAACCAGGAAUCCUGAUAACACAGCUGGGGAGACAUAGAGAUUUGCUGCAUUUCUCUCCCCACUCUUGCCUCUUGCCUUUGAGAAGAGGUAGAAGCAAGAGGAAACUUCAGCAAUCACGGUACUAGAUUGAAUGUCAAGACCAGGUCCUGGUAGGCUUAGGGUCCAGUUUUACCAAAGAACCAGUUCCUUCAAUGUUAGAAGCUACGGUUUUAUGUUAUCGUCAUAGUUGUCAUUAGUGUUUGGAGACGAGUCUCAUCUUUUCUGUUUUAUUUCUCCCACAAGUGCUUCAGGAGCUAGCAGAAAUUGACACUCAGAAUGUAAGACUGAACAGGCUGUGUGGCUCGCACCUGUAAUCUCGGCCUGUAGGAGGCAGAGUCAGCAGGCUCAAGUUUUAUACCAGCCUGGGCUUCAUAGUCAAUUGCAGGCCAGUCUGGGCUACAUAGCGAGCUCCUGUGUCUGCAGGACAAAAUGAAGAUAAAAACAUAGAAUUUAAGAUUGUAGGUCUGAGGGUGUGUGGCUCAGUGGCAGAGCUUUUGUCCAGUGUGUAUGUGAUACCCUGAAUUUCAUUCCCAGCACCACCACAGCCUUCCCCCACCCCCCAGAAAGGUUGGAAAGUUCUGCUUUACCUAGUUCAUGUAUUAUAUUUUUAACUUUAAAAUCUCCCCUAAAAUCCUGUCCAUCUUUAAAUAUCCUUAUGCUGGCGCAGGAUGGUGGCUUAGUUUGCUUAAAAGAAUUUAAAGAGUCUUACACACGAGAUAGAGUAUCUGCCAUGCACUCUUCCCAUGAACUCGAGGAACUCGUGGGGCUUCUUCAGAGCAGAAGGCCAGCAUCAGUCAGAUGCAGGUGGGGCGUGGGAGCAGUCAUCCAACUGAUUAUCCAUUGCUCUUGGCGACAGAUUCGUCCCAAGUUGGAAAUGUGGCCAUUGACCUUUUUGUGACUUUUAAAUGUUGAACUUGCUGUUUUAAGCAUCUGUACAUAUUAGAGGUUGAAGGGGCCGCGAGCUGCUUAGCAGACAUUUCUCCCCUGGCUUUACUGCCCAUAGCUUCUGUCCCCUGUUAACACUAGCAAGGAAAGUGCUGGUCACACAGAGGAGCCCUUCAAGGCCUUGGGUUCUGUCACGGGACACCUCGUCUCUGACCUCUUCAGUCCUCCAUCCCUGCCCUCCAAUAUUUAGGGUCAGCAGGGGGGCACUCUCCAGUGCCCUUCACCUGGGUUUUAAAAGACUUGUCUCUGUCUGGAUCACCUAGGAUCCAGUUUUAGUGAACGCUCUUCCAAAGAGAUGCAGAUAAGCUGGAUGAUUUUCUGCAGAAAGAAAGGAUUUUACUCAUAGUUCCCUUUACAGUUCCAUCACAGUAUUUUUUUAAAUAACUCAGGUGUUAUGAGAAGAAUUAGAAAAUGAAAUAAUUUAUGUCAUGUGAACUGUAAAUGUUUUAUUUGUAAGAUUCUAUAAAUAAAGCUAUAUUCUGUAA